UAAAAUUCAUAUAUCCCUUCUCCACCCUUCAUAUCCCAAUUCUCCUUAGCUUCAAAGAACCAAUCUUUCUGCUGAAGUUCUUGAAAAAAAUGGCAGCAGAAAUGGCUUUAGUAAAACCCAUAACCAAAUUCAACACCAUUAACACCACCACUGCACGGCUGAGCAACCGCAGACUGCCGUUCACAGUUAGAAUGUCAGCCGCCACCACCACCCCACCAACUUCAAAACCUUCCAAGAAACCUCAGAAGCAAGGAAUCAAAGAGUCCCUUUUGACACCAAGAUUUUACACUACUGAUUUUGAUGAAAUGGAGACCCUUUUCAACACUGAGAUCAACAAGAACCUGAAUGAGGCUGAGUUUGAAGCCCUUUUGCAGGAAUUCAAAACUGAUUACAACCAGACUCAUUUUGUUAGGAACAAGGAGUUUAAAGAAGCUGCUGACAAAAUUCAGGGACCUCUAAGGCAGAUCUUUGUUGAAUUCUUGGAGAGGUCUUGCACUGCUGAGUUCUCUGGUUUUCUUCUCUACAAGGAACUUGGAAGGAGGCUCAAGAAAACUAAUCCUGUUGUUGCAGAGAUUUUCUCCCUCAUGUCUAGGGAUGAAGCUCGCCACGCCGGGUUUUUGAACAAGGGUUUAUCUGACUUCAAUUUGGCGUUGGACUUGGGGUUCUUGACCAAAGCAAGAAAAUACACUUUCUUCAAACCAAAGUUCAUCUUCUAUGCAACUUACUUGUCUGAGAAAAUUGGGUACUGGAGGUACAUUACCAUAUACAGGCAUCUCAAGACCAAUCCCGAGUUCAUAUGUUAUCCGAUUUUCAAAUACUUUGAGAACUGGUGCCAAGAUGAGAACCGCCAUGGUGAUUUCUUCUCUGCUUUGAUGAAAGCACAGCCUCAGUUUCUCAAUGACUGGAAGGCAAAGCUGUGGUCUCGCUUCUUCUGCCUUUCGGUUUAUGUCACAAUGUACUUGAAUGAUUGCCAAAGAACAGAUUUUUACGAAGGCAUUGGGCUUAACACCAAAGAAUUUGACAUGCAUGUCAUCAUUGAGACAAACCGCACAACUGCAAGGAUUUUCCCUGCUGUCCUUGAUGUUGAGAACCCAGAAUUCAAGAGGAAGUUGGACAGGAUGGUGGAGAUUAACACCAAACUAAUUGCUGUUAGUGAGAGUGAUGAGAUUCCACUGGUGAAGAAUUUCAAAAAGAUCCCUCUGAUUGCAGCUUUGGCUUCUGAGUUAUUGGCUGCAUAUCUCAUGAAACCUAUUGAGUCAGGUUCAGUUGAUUUUGCAGAGUUUGAACCACAACUUACCUACUAAUUUCCUUUUCACGAGAAACAGAAUCUCGGUUGUUUUGUUUUCACAUAGAGGUGCAUGUUCAUUGUUGUAAGUUAUAUAGUGUAUUAAGAAACAGUUUCCUGCAUAGAGGACACUCCCUUGUAUUAUCUUGAUAAUCUAGAAUGAAUUUCUUGUAAGUA